CAGUGCUCCUACUCUCUGGGUCUUUUUGUCUCUAGUGCAGAUUAAACGUCACGUCCGCACUUGAACUUGAAUUUUAUCCCAUUGUACAGAGGCAGCCCCAGCCAUAGAGAGACAGAGCGCUCCCAGAGAACCAGGACUCCGCCAUCUUCACAUUGCAAUAUAUAAUAGUAAUAGCCAGCACCAGCCCAGCUGCACUGGGGGCUUCCUUCCUUCCAGUCCCAGUGCCAGGCGAGGGGGGAAGAGUGCAAAGUGGUGCAGGAGCACUGGCAAUCCAAAAGCACCAGGGCAAAGCAGUGCCACUUGAACUGGGAAAGAGGAGACACAGUUUCGGCUACCCCUUUUCAAAAAAAUUCUCUCUAUAUAUCUACCCAGCAAGGGUCAACCUCUGAGAAACAGUUUUUUUUGGCGAUUUUUUUUUUCUGGGGGCUAUCCCAAUUCUAGUACUUUUCUUCUUUUUUUUUUUCUACAGUUUUUUUUUUUUUUUUUUUUUUUUUUUUAAUUUUUUUUUUUACCCUCCUGGUGGAAAAGCGCACUUGCCAAUUUGCCAAGCACUCUGGAAAGAGGGAAAGAGAAAAGUGUCACUGGCGGUGCAUAUCCUCCUAAGUUCAAGAAGAGAUCUGGAAGUCCAAGUGGCAGAAGCAGUGGAGAAAAGACAGUGUAUGAAAGAGAAACAGAAAAAGAACGAGAAAGAGCUUUUCCUGAUGAUGAUGAUGAUGAUGAUUUUUAAUUGAGAGGGAAUCCCAUCCAGUGCACCACAGCAGCAACAAAAAGGAGGCUUUUUUUUUUUUUCGUUUUUGAUUUUUUUUGAAAGAAGAACUCGAUAAAGAAGAAGAAUAAAGAGGGGAAAAAAAAAGAGGAGGAGGAUCGGCCCCCCAACACAUCCCCCCAAACCAGUGCAGCUCUCCAGGCGAUGCCAGUGUAAAUGCCAGGGCAAUGUCCCGUCGCAAGCAGGGAAACCCGCAGCACUUGUCACAAAGAGAGAUUAUCACACAGGCUGACCAUGUGGAACCGGCACUGGCCGACGAGGACGAGAGCCUGGCAAUAGCAGACCCCGGCGGCAUCAGCAUCGCCGCGGGCGGGACAGACCCCGACUUGCUAACCUGCGGACAGUGUCAGAUGAACUUCCCGCUGGGAGACAUCCUGGUUUUUAUAGAGCACAAGAGAAAACAGUGCAAUGGCACUGGUGGUGUCUGCUAUGAAAAGAGCAUGGAUAAGAGCAGCCCUCCCCCCUCCUCACGCGCCGAGCUCAGGAAAGUGUCAGAGCCAGUGGAAAUCGGGAUCCAAGUCACACCCGAUGAAGAAGACCGUCUUCUCACGCCUACAAAAGGAAUUUGCCCCAAGCAGGAGAACAUUGCAGGGCCGUCCAGGCCUGCAAACCUGCCGGGGGCUCCCAUAGCUGCCUCCUCCCACCCUCACACAUCCGUGAUCACGUCACCUCUCCGCGCACUGGCCUCCCUCCCGCCCUGCCUUAGCCUGCCCUGCUGUGGUGCACGUGCAGUCUCAGUUGGCGGGACUCAGACUGAGAUUCAGACUGAGACGUCAGGCACAUUUGGAUGUCAUUGUCAGUUGUCAGGUAAAGAUGAGCCUUCAAGCUAUAUUUGCACAACAUGCAAGCAGCCUUUUAAUAGCGCUUGGUUCUUGCUUCAGCAUGCCCAGAACACACAUGGAUUCCGCAUCUACCUGGAAACAAGCCCUUCAAACAGUUCCCUUACUCCACGCAUCACCAUCCCUCCUCCUCUGGGACCGGAGACUGUUGCACAGUCCCCGCUGAUGAAUUUUCUUGGAGACAGCAACCCUUUCAACCUUUUGCGCAUGACAGGACCCAUCUUGCGUGAACACCCUGGCUUCGGUGAGGGUCGGCUCCCAAACACGCCUCCGCUGUUCAGCCCACCGCCUCGUCAUCAUCUGGAUCCACAUCGCCUUAGUGCCGAAGAAAUGGGGUUAGUCGCCCAGCAUCCCAGUGCCUUUGACAGAGUUAUGCGUUUAAACCCCAUGGCAAUUGAGUCCCCAGCGAUGGAUUUCUCCAGAAGGCUUCGAGAGCUGGCAGGAAACAGUUCCACCCCUCCGCCAGUCUCACCCAGUCGCACCAACCCUAUGCAUCGUCUGUUGAAUCCUUUCCAGCCGAGUCCUAAAUCACCUUUUUUGAGCACCCCGCCACUGCCCCCCAUGCCCCCCAGCAGCACUACGCCUCCCCAGCCUCAGGCCAAGAGCAAGUCCUGUGAAUUUUGUGGGAAAACUUUCAAGUUCCAGAGUAACCUUAUCGUGCACCGGCGCAGUCACACAGGAGAAAAGCCCUACAAGUGUCAGCUCUGUGACCACGCUUGCUCCCAGGCCAGCAAGCUAAAACGCCACAUGAAAACGCAUAUGCAUAAAGCUGGCUCCAUGACAGGCAGGUCAGAUGAUGGCCUGUCCACCACUAGUUCUCCUGAGCCAGGCACAAGUGAGCUCACUGGAGAGGGACUGAAAUCCAGUGAGGCAGAUUUCAGGAAUGAGAGCGAUCCUUCCCUGGGCCAUGACAACGAAGAAGAGGAGGAGGAGGAGGAGGAGGAAGAGGAGCUUGAAAAUGAGAGCCGGCCAGAGUCAAGCUUUAGUAUGGACUCAGAGCUGAGUCGCAACCGAGAAAACGGCUCCAAGUCGCUGCCGGAUGAGAAAUCCCUCGUUUUGGGAAAAGUCAUCGAGAAUGUAAGUCUAGGUGCCAUUCAGCAAUAUAACGACAUGUUAGCUGAGAAGCAGAAGAGGAGUAGUUUCAUGAAAAGGUCCUCUGACCAGCGAGACUUGUGUCCUCGAGACCUCUGUCAGAGAGAUCCGGGCGACGAAGACUCAGUGGUAGGAGAGCUGGACCGCACUGAGGAAGGUACGGUCAAUGGAAGAAACUUUGGCCCGGGUGAACCCUUCCCAAACUUGUUCCCCCGCAAGCCAACACCUAUCACGAGCCCCAGUUUAAACAAUUCCUCCAAAAGAAUAAAGGUAGAGAAAGAUUUGGACUUGCCACCAGCAACGAUAAUACCUUCCGAAAACGUUUACUCCCAGUGGCUGGUAGGGUACGCAGCAUCGCGGCACUUCAUGAAGGAUCCGUUCCUCGGAUUCACAGACUCGCGACAAUCCCCCUUCGCGACCUCUUCCGAGCACUCAUCGGAGAACGGGAGCCUGCGUUUCUCCACUCCGCCGGGGGACAUGCUGGACGGGGGGCUCUCAGGGCGCAGCGGCACGGCGAGCGGAGGCAGCACCCCCCACAUCAGCGGACCCGGCCCCGGGCGACCCAGCUCGAAGGAAGGACGCAGGAGCGAUACAUGUGAGUACUGUGGCAAGGUCUUUAAGAACUGCAGCAAUUUGACGGUACACCGUCGGAGCCACACUGGAGAGCGGCCUUACAAAUGCGAGCUCUGCAACUAUGCAUGUGCCCAGAGCAGUAAGCUGACGCGCCAUAUGAAAACGCAUGGCCAGAUAGGGAAGGAGGUCUACCGCUGCGACAUUUGCCAGAUGCCCUUCAGUGUUUACAGCACCCUGGAGAAACACAUGAAAAAGUGGCAUGGAGAACAUUUGCUGACAAAUGACGUCAAAAUUGAGCAGGCAGAAAGAAGCUAAGGCCCCCCACCCGCCCCCCCCGCCCCCCGCCCCCUCCCCAUCCCCUCCUGCCCCCACCUCCGCUAGGUUAAAUUUCAGGGGUCUAGGUAACAUUUUAUUUGUACAGUUUAACUAUUGCCAACUGAGAAAAGAUGACCUAACUUGCCUCCGUAAACAUAACUUAGCAUAACUAUGGUAAGGUGCCAGACUUUGGCACUUAAAUAUAACCUGUGUCUACAAAGUUCUAUUAAACCCGAGGGUUGAUUAAGGCAGUAAAAAUUGUGGAGCCUUUUAACUGUGCAAUAAUUUCUGUAUUUAUUGGGUUUUUGUAAUUUUUUGGCAUGUGCAGGUACUUUUUUUUAUUCUUUCUGUUUAAAUUUCUUUUAAAAUUUUGUUGGGUAUCCCUUUUUAAUUUUACCCAGUCGUAGCCUGAGAUUACUUGCAUUGUAGGAGAGAAACAUAUCUUUUAAAAUUAUAAUUUUUGGGCCGCUGCUUUGUUGAAAUUUAAGCUAAGUGUGUGUAAUUUCUUGUGAAGAAGCCAGCAUUUAAACUGAAAUAUUUCUUUUUUCUCUUUCCUUUUCUUUCUUUCUUUCUUUCUUUCUUUCUUUCUUUCUUUCUUUCUUUCUUUCUUUCUUUCUUUCUUUCUUUCUUUCUUUCUUUCUUUCUCUCUCUCUCUCUCUCUCUCUUUCUUUCUUUCUUUCUUUCUUUCUUUCUUUCUUUUUCUUUCUUUUCCUUCCUUCCUUCCUUCCUUCCUUCCUUCCUUCCUUCCUUCCUUCCUUCCUUCCUUCCUUCCUUCCUUCCUUCCUUCCUUCCUUCCUUCCUUCCUUCCUUCCUUCCUUCCUUCCUUCCUUCCCUUCCCUUCCCUUCCCUUCCCUUCCCUUCCCUUCCCUUCCCUUCCUUCUUUUUCUUUCCUCUUCUUAAAUAACCUUGAAGAUUAGGGAAAACAAAAUUGUACAGCGGAUAACAAUCUUUAAAAUUAGCACUUUCUUUUGAAAUUGGAUGAAAUACGUAGCACUGACAAUGUCGCUGAAGAUAGAGGCCUUUUCUAGAUGGAUUUCAGCACUAAAGUUAUGGCAACAAAAAAGACAUAGAUGCAGAAGGCUGCUACACUCAAAAACCAGAAACGUUCUUAAUUGUGCAUUACUAUCAGAUAGUUUCUUCUUGUUAAAAGCUAUGGCAACAUAAUGAUGCCAGUUUGUCACUUUCUGGAGUGUUUUUCCCUCCUUCUUCCCCUCUUGUGACUCUUCCCAGAGACAAUAAAAGUAUAUCUUGAGCAUUUUAAUAUUAUUUUCAAACCUCAGAGGAGCCAAAUGCCAUAUUUUUUUUUCUUUUAAAACCACAAAAUCAUAACUUUUAAUUUAGGAUAUCUACUUUAGUCCAUAUUUUCUGUAGUUGAUUACUAGAAGAUAGGAAAGUGUGUAUUUCUCAAUGAAAAGCCUCAAUUCAUAGACAUUAUGAAUAGAAUUAUUAGAACCAUCUUAGAUGCUGUACAGUGACAUUAUUAUAAAGAAGGGAAAACAAAAUUCUGGUUGAUUUACCUUUCUCAGCAAGAUUCUGCUCCUACUGAAGUUCGGUAAGAUUUUUUUCCUACUUAAUUAGGAACAGAAUGGAAUUGUAUUCAGAUAAAAGCAUUACAACAGAGAAAAAUUAAAGCAAGGAAAAAUGCACCUGCUCUACUUCCAAAUUCCAAAAUUUUGAAAGCCUUUUUCAACUAAUAUUAGCAAACAGUAGACAAUUAUGGUUAGGAAUUUAAUUAUGUUGACCCGCACUUUAAAUCUUUUGUUUGUGGUUAAGAGAAAAAUGGCUUCUCAACAAGAAAUUACAUCAUAUUCUACUUGGCCCAAAGGUGGGUUAAACUGUAAGGGAACAGCUGAGAUUAAGUGUCAGUGUUGCUAAGCAUGGCAUUCACAAUACUGGCACUAUAAAGAAAAAUAAAUAAAAAUAAUUUAUUGGACAGUUUUUCUACUGCCAUUCAAUUUGACGUGAGUGCCUUGAAAACUGAUCUUCCUAUUUGAGUCUCUUGAGACAAAUGCAAAAUGUUUUUGUGAAAUGGAAAGACUUUUAAAGAAAAAAAAAGUAAAACAAGAAAAGUACAUUCUUUAGAAAAAAAAAAAAAAGAGCCACAUUUACUUAAAAAAAAAUAAAAAAAAAAUUACUGGUUGAAGAUAGUGGACAUGAAAAUGCCAUAAGACCCAAUCAAAUGAAGAUGUAUACCCAGCACAACUUCGGACAUACAUUAGCUGAAUUAUUCUCAGCCUUUUUUUUUUUUCAGGACAACGCUGCUUAGGAAAUGGAAUGGAAAUGAUUUACUGCUGAAUUAAAACUCAAAUGACACAAAUUACAAGUUGCUAUCAUUGAAUGAGAAAAAACAAUUCAGGAACAACGGCUAAUUUUUUUUUAAGAGUUAAAUUUAGUGCACUCUGUCUUAAAAUACGUUUACAGUAUUGAAUACAUACAAGGGUAAAAAAGAAAUUGUGUGUAUGUGUGUUUGAGCAAUCUUUUUUGUUUUUCAAAGUUUGCUUAAUAGGUUAUUAAAAAAAUGCCAUAAUGGCCAUGUGUAUAUUGUUUUCUUUUGGUGACGGGGUUUUAGUAUAUAUUAUAUAUAUUAAAAUUUCUUGAUUACUGUAAAAGUGGACCAGUAUUUGUAAUAAUGGAGAAUGCCUGGGCAUUUUACAAAACCAGAAAGAAAAAAAAAAAUUUCUUUUUUCCUUGAAAAUGUUGCAGUAAAAUUUAAAUGGUGGGUCUAUAAAUUUGUUCUUGUCACUGUAACUGUAAAGUCUUGAGUUUUAGUAAAUUUUUUUCUGCUUUGGGUGUUGAAUUUUUAUUUCAAAAAUGUAUAGAAUCUUGUAUUCGGGGAUUAAAAGGUGAUUGCUACACCAUGUAGAAAAAGUACGUAGAAAAAAGUGCUUAAUAUUGUUAUUGCUUUGCAGAAAAAAAAAAAAAAUCACGUUUCUGACCUGUACCUAUUUUUCUCUUUUUUUCUCCCCUUCCCCCCUUCCCUUCCCCUUCUGGAAUGGAUAUUGAUAUUGGUUGAUUCAUAUGAUGUAGGCACUUGCUGUAUUUUUACUGAAGCUUGUAAUUUUUUAACUGUACGCUUGUCCUUUUAAAGGGAUUUAAUGUACCUUUUUGUUAGUGAAUUUGGAAAUAAAAAUAAAAACAAACAAACAGGCUGCCAUAAUAUAUUUUUUUAAUUUGGCAGGAUAAAAUAUUGCAAAAAUAAAAAAAAAUUUGUAUGUGAAGUCCUUAUUGUACAGGAAAAAAGGGGGUUGUUAGACGACCUUUGAGUAAAAGAAACAAAACAAAAUAAUUAAGUGCUUUUUUAUUUUACUUUUUUUUUCUUGUUGUUGUUCACAAAUAAUUUUAGUUGUGUAUAUAUUUUUUUUGUCAGAAAUGGCCUACUAAAAAGUGCUGUUCCCACAGGGCUCUAAAUAACUUCAAAGUUGCCUGGACCCCUUGCAUCAAGGUUUUACCAGGUAUGGUUGAACCAGGCUGGAUGGAUAUUGCCUAUUUGUGUGAAAAGAAAUUCCGUUCCUGGAAAGGUGUCUGGGGUGACAUCCCACAGCUUCCCUGCAGAUUUGAGAGAGAGAGAGGAGAUUUCUUCCCCUCCUUCCAAACAAAAAGGUGUCCAAUACAUCUUCCCUUUCCUAGCCAACCCCCACUCACUGCUCCUCACACCCUGCCACUGCCCUCUGGAAGAAAGUCUUUUUAUAGCAAAAAGUGAGAGCUGCUGCAUCCACUUUGACAUAAAAUGGUGAAAUGGCCUGCUGUUGGUACAGCUGUAAUCGGGUUGAAGUAAAAUUAGUCCAGGCACAGCCCUCCUCUUCCCUGUCAGAACAGGACCGACUCCGUGUACAGGUCUUGCCAGUCCAUGUUAUUAGCUGCUUUGCUGCUGUUCACUUCUAAUUGUACAUUCCAUAAAUUUCUGAAUGUUUGAGGGACUGGGAUGAAAUCCUGUACCUUUUGAUGUCUCUCUUCUUUGCAGUUCUUUUUCUCUCUCUCUCUCACACUCUCUCCCGUUUGGGUCGAGGGGAAGACGUGGCAGAAGAGGCACUAAUGCUUUAGUGAAGGGGAAGAGAAAAUGAUCACCGCUCUUGCAGAAAUGACGGUAACGCUUAAAACAAAAACAAGGACAAAAAUAUAUUGCCAUGCCAAAUUAUUCUGCUUUCAUCGGUGCAGAACCACUGGAGCAAUUGGAGAGGCGUGGGUGUGACAAUAGGGAGAGUUUGGUUCACCUACUUAUCAGAUAGAUAAAUGCCCUCCUGGCUUGAAUGUCACACCCUUAAGUCUUCUGGACAAAUUCUGUAUCUCAAUUAAACUGAUGUAAAUCAGGAAUUAUUCAUCACUCUUAGUCCUGGAUUGUUCCAGCAUAACUGAGGUUAGAACGUGGUCCCUUAAAGGCACAUUUUCACUUUUUUGUGACAAUUCAGCUCUCUGGCUUCUGUAAAAAUCUAGUCAUGCCACAGAACUCAGAAGAAUCUCUUGGACUUGUGUCAGUGCAACAAAGAUCAGAAGUUAACUGCACAUUUUCAGUCCACAAUUCAUUGAUUUUAGAAGGAAUUUCACUUUUCAUUUUAUUGUAAGUUGUUUAGGAGUUUCAAUCUCCCUGACAUUUUUAAUUAUCCAGGAUAGCUAACACCAGCAGUUGUCUAAUUUUGUGACUUAGAUCACUGAAACUAACAAUAAGUCACCCAAAAGCACAAGGGUUGUGUUUCUGCAGACUGUAGUGAUACUGAAAUGGCCCUCCUUUUCUUCUUGCUUAGAAGAGCUGUAGUUUACUAGGCCAUAAGCACAAUAUAACAUGGACAUAGCUAGAAUGCUGCCGUAGUUCUUUUCACACUUUAAGUAGUUUUACUUUUUUUUUUUUUAAGGUUGAAUUUAUUACUUUCAUUGUGCCUAGUUCUGCUGCCAUUGAAGUCCAGAUCAAAACUCCAGUUGACUCCUGGCAACAGGACAGGUGCAGGAACCUGGUUUUGGAAAGAAAAAUAAACAUUUUUAAGGAAAGGGUCAAAAAAAAA